CCCACCUCCAUUUAAUUUACACACACGUUCACCGAUCGCUCGCUCGCUCGCACUUCGAGGGCCAAAAUUUCAAUAAAAUCUCACCGCUGAGGUUCGGAAUUUGGCCAUUCGUCAGUGAGGGUCACGACUCGGGUCCUUGUGCGACAUGAAAUUGACCACCUGAGCGCGGAUUCGGCCAGAGCAGACGAAAACUCGACGCCCAGCGAAAGGGUCUCCGGUCUAAUUUUUGAUUGUACCAGGGCACGGCUAGAGGAUGGCAGAAGCCCACUCGGCUGUUGCCUUCUCGUUCGCGGUGACCCACGAGGGGUUGGAUGUCAACUUCGACAGAGAAGUCCUGCACUUGGUGUGGCAGUCGGGAAUUCGAUCGUGGAAGAAACGGAUCGCCAGAUUCAAGAACAAUGUCCACUGCGGAGUGUAUCCAGCCUCCCUGCAGAGUUUAUGGGCCACGGUUGGUGCCCUUGCGGCCAUGCACUUCAGCGGAAAGGUCGCUGUUCCUUAUGAUAUUGUUGAACGCCUGCUCCAAUACCUCCCAGGGAGGACAAAUGCAUGGCAAGUUGUGGCGUGCAGCGUUACAGGCCUUGGAGUUUGGCUCAGUUGCACCUACACCCUGAGAUACACCCUGAAAAUGCUCUUCAUGUACCAGGGUUGGAUGUACGAGAAUCGUGGCCCAGGCAGCAAAGUUUCGAAGGCCACCAUGUUGUGGUUGGCCGCAGUCAAGGUGCUCACCAUGGGCAGGAAGCCCAUGCUCUACAGCUACCAGGGCUCUCUGCCCAGGCUGCCUUUGCCCACAGUUAAGGAAACCAUGGACCGAUACUUGCUCUCUGUCCGUCCCCUCGUGGACGAUACGCAAUUCCAACGCAUGGAGCGUCUGGCUGAGGAGUUCCAAAAGGGCAUUGGCAAAAAGUUGCAGCGCUACUUGGUGCUUAAAUCCUGGUGGUCCAGCAACUAUGUCAGCGAUUGGUGGGAGGAGUACGUUUAUCUCAGGGGCCGCUCUGGAUUGAUGGUCAACUCAAACUUUUACGGAAUCGACGCCAUCAUGCUGCACCAGACAAAAAUUCAGGCUGCAAGAGCAGCUGUCAUCAUUCACGCUUGUCUGCUCUACCGCAGACUCAUUGAGAGACAGGAGCUGGAGCCGAUUCUGGUGCAGAAUUUGGUGCCUCUCUGCUCGUGGCAGUACGAAAGAGUGUUUAACACAACAAGACUGCCUGGAAUUGAGACUGACAGAAUUAACCAUCUGAGCGACUCAACACACAUUGCCGUCUUCAACAAAGGCCGCUACUACAGGGUACCCAUUUACUGGAAGGGCAGGAUCCUCAAACCUUGUGAAAUUGAAAUCCAAAUGCAGAAGAUCCUGGAUGACCCCAGUGAGCCAGCCAAGGGUGAAAUGCACCUAGCAGCUCUAACUGCCGGCCAGCGCAAAGACUGGGCUCUGGCUCGUCACAACUUCUUCGGCAAGGGCAUCAACCGCACCUCAUUGGAUGUAAUUGAAAAGGCAGCUUUUGUCGUCUGUCUUGAUGACAUUGAGUACAACUUUGAUCCCAAUGACCCUGACAAACUUGAUCAAUAUGGCCGAACUCUACUGCACGGCAAAGGUUACGACCGCUGGUUUGAUAAGUCUUUCACCCUUUGCAUUGGCACAAACGGAAGGGUUGGCUUCAAUUCAGAGCACUCGUGGGCCGACGCAGCAGUUAUGUCGCACCUGUGGGAAUUUGUGCUGAGCGAGGAGGUCGAAAAUAUGUGGUAUGACGAGAUCGGACACACGGUUGGAACUCCGGAGUUCGAACCUCCCGCACCAACGAGGCUGCAGUGGGAUAUGCCAGCUCCUGCCCUUAAGGAGAUCGAAGGCGCCUACAUUGCUGCGCAGGACCUGCUCAGUGACGUUGACCUCAGAAUUUACGUUCACGACCAUUACGGAAAGGGAUUCAUGAAGAAGUGCAGGGUCAGCCCUGACGCUUUCAUCCAAAUGGCCCUUCAACUUGCUUACUUCCGAGAUGCUGGAAAGUUCAGCCUGACCUAUGAAGCCUCAAUGACUCGUCUCUUCCGUGAAGGCCGCACAGAGACAGUCCGUCCAUGCACUAUUGAAAGCUCUGCCUGGGUCAAGUCGAUGAUCGAAGGCAACGCCUCAAAAGAGGAAAAUAUCAAGCUGCUACUGACAGCUUGUCAGAGGCAUCAAAAGGGCUAUCAAGACGCCAUGUGUGGCAAGGGAAUUGACAGGCACUUGUUCUGCUUGUACGUCGUUUCGAAGUACCUUGAAGUUGAUUCACCCUUCUUGAAGGAGGUGCUUUCUGAGCCUUGGAGACUAUCUACCUCGCAGACGCCGCACGGCCAAACCUCUCGGCUCGACCUGAAAAAGCACCCCAAGUGUAUCAGCGCUGGAGGAGGCUUUGGACCCGUGGCCGAUGAUGGCUAUGGAGUCUCGUACAUCAUUGCUGGAGAAGAUCUCAUCUUCUUCCACAUAUCUAGCAAGAAGAGCUCACAUGAAACUGAUUCGAGCAGAUUUGCCAAGCAGAUUGAGCGCUCGUUGGCUGAUAUCAGGGACCUGUUUGAGAAAAAAUGAAGAGACGUUUGCUGUGAACGAUGACCUGGUCAUAUUUUGGUUUUCAUCUUUUUGUAUCCCGUUUAGUCGGAGGAAAUAUUUACCAGCAGGAAAGCAAUGGAAAGUCUUUGGAUGGCAUGUCUUCAUAGACGGUUUUAAUGCAGAUUAUUUGUUUAAGCUCAUUUCUAUUAGAGUACGAAGCGUUUUGUGAGAUUUUACCUUCUGAACUUUUGACGCAGUUGUUUUUUCUUUCUAGUUGCUGUAUUGCAAAGUUUAAAGUGUAAAAAUAAUAUUAAUAAUUUACUCGCCUAACUGUAAGACCAAAAGUAAUAACUUUCUAUUAAGUUUUACGAUUUACUCUCAGUAUGUUCACUAAUCAUUAUUUUUGAGGUGUUGAUUUGAGGCAGAACUGAACAUUUGUAAAUAAUUAACGUGCGCAGUUAAGCAUUGUUAUUUCUCUUUAAAUAAAUCUUGUUGAAGGAUUUAAAAAUAAAAAUUUUGUGUUUUUUCUUCCUGG